AAGCAGUAUGACUUUCUGCCUGCAGCUAUCCAGAUGAGCUCCUAUGGAAUUAGGCUGUACUUCAAAAUGUAAGAGCUUGAAAAAUAUGACACUGGAUAUUACCAAGCAGAUGAAGCUGGAUCUCUCGAGACUUGCUGCUGAAGAGGUCAUACACAUCUGGCAGGUGAUUUGGAGGGAUUUUAACCUACGGAAAAAAGAAGAGGAGAGACUCAGAAAUCUUCAGUCAAACAUAUUGACUGAGGACAUGAAGAGACAUCUGCUGACCUACCAGUCCAACCUUAGCAACUCUUUUUGCAUACAUUGCCUGCAACUAUUCAAGUUCCUGCUCGAUAGUAAAUAUCAGUGCAGGAACUGCAAAGCCUUUAUCUGCAAAGGUUGCAGCUGGUUAAAAAAAAACAAGUAUGGCUGCUUGUGUGAUCAGUGCCACAAGUCCAAAGUCUUGAGGAUUGGUAAAUUAGAGUGGUUCCAUGAUAAUGUAUUUGCUCGUUUUAAGCAAUCUGGCAGUGCAAAAGUGAUGAUGUCUCUGUACAAGAGACUGCACGAAGUUUUUUUGCCCUUCAGCCAAGAUGACCAACAUUCGAAAUGCUCUGGAAGACAACAAUACAAACUGGCCGAAAAUGAAGAUGAGCUGUUAUCUUUAUUGGACCUAGAGGAAAUGGAGCUCAAGCAGAAGCUGAAGAAGUUGACUAAAAACAUCAGUGAUGAAGAAAAAAGUUCUAAUGAGAAUUUUACUUCGGAUGAGGACGAUGCAAAUCGAGUGACGGAUGAAAUGAAGCCUUUAGGGAGAGAAGAGAUUUAUUUUGCCACAACCCUUAAAGGAAAAACAGUGACAUCAGCUUAUGGCAACUUUUUUAGAAAUGAGCUGUCCUCUGUGCAGAAGACUACUGUCGAUUUUGAGAGACGCACUAUCACCCAGAGGAAGUUGAGUUUCUAUCAGGUCAGUACCAUAAGCUGUGAGCUGUCUCGACUAGAGGAUGAAGUAGCAAUGGCAGUGGCCAGAGUCCAGAGUACUCUCAGUGAGGUUACAGAUAUUCAAAACAGAAUUGCUGCCUUAGGACAGGAAUAGUAGUGAAAUUUCACCAGCAAAAGGUCCAUGAGACUGAGACUACACUGAAAAUCUGGAAAUGAACAGAAGAUUUUUAGAAGUUUUAAACAUUCAAACACUUGUUUGAACAUUUAAAACAAAGAAAGUAAAGGUUCAAUAUCUUGCAUGCAACUGAUUCAUGAUUCUGCAUAAUUUCUGAGUCCCUAUUUAAAUGUAAGCAAAUUUGCAAUGAUUAUGUUAACUGUUCUG